UUUUCAGAGUCAGAGUUCUCGAGAGGCGCAGUAGUUUUCAGCGUCAGAUUACUCGAGAGGCGCGGCAGAUUUCAGGGUUAGAGUUCUCGAGAGGCGCAGUAGUUUCUCCAGAGGCGCAGCAGUUGUCAGAGUCAGAUUUUUCAGAGGCGCAGCAAUUUUCAGAGUCAGAUUUCUCCAGAGGCGCACCAGUUUUCAGAGUCAGAUUUCUCCUGAGGCGCAACAGUUUUCAGAGUCAGAUUUCUCCAGAGGCGCAGCAAUUUUCAGCGUCAGAUUUCUCCAGAGGCGCAGCAGUUUUCAGCCUCAGAUUUGUCCAAAGGCGCAGCAGUUUUCAGCGUCAGAUUUCUCAAGAGGCGCAGGAGUUUUCAGCAUCAGAUUACUCCAGAGGGACAGUAGUUUUCAGGGUCAGAUUUCUGGAGAUGCGCCGUAGUGUUCAGGGUCAGAUUUCUCGAGAGGCGCGGUGGUUUUCAGGGUCAGAUUUCUCCAGAGGUGCAGUAGUUUUUAUAGUUAGAUUUCUCGAGAGGCGCGGUAGUUUUCAAAGUCAGAUUUCUCCAGAGGCGCAGUAGUUUUCAGAGUCAGAUUACUCUAGAGGCGCAGUAGUUUUCAGAGUUAGAUUAGUCCAAAAGCGCGUAGUUUUCAGAGUCAGAUUACUCCAGAGGCGCAGUAGUUUUCAAAGUCAGAUUACUCCAGAGGCGCAAUAGUUUUCAGAGUCAGAUUACUCCAGAGGCGCAGUAGUUUUCAGCGUUAGAUUACUUCAGAGGCGUAGUAGUUUUCAGCAUCAGAUUACUCGAGAGGCGCAGUAGUUUCAGCGUCACAUUACUCCAGAGGCGCAGUAGUUUUCAGCAUCAGAUUACUCCAGAGGCGCAGUAGUUUCAGCGUCAGAUUACUCCAGAGGCGCAGUAGUUUCAGCGUCAGAUUACUCCAGAGGCGGAGUAGUUUUCAGCGCUAGAUUUCUCCAGAGGCGCGGUAGUUUUUAGUGUCAUAUUUGUCGAGAGGCGCGGUAGUUUUCAGCGUCAGAUUUCUCGAGAGGCGCGGUAGUUUUCAGCGUCAGAUUUCUUGAGAGGCGCGGUAGUUUUCAGCGUC